AUGGCAGAAAUAAAUGAAUCAGAAGAAGAUAGGCUAGAAGAAAGUUUGCUAGAAGAAAGUAGAUUAGAAGAAAGUGAGAUGAGAGAAAGUGGACCAGAAAAUGAACUUCAAGAUGAGGCUUCUGAGGAUAAUGAUGUUGUUAUGCUAAUUAAUGAUUUGCCAAUUGAAAAUACACCAGAAGCCCAAGAAUUAAUAAACAAUAUUAAGGAAUAUGCUGAUCUAAUUAACCAGCUAGUUGAAACUGAGGAUAUAUUAAUGGAUGAAGGUAUCAUUGAAAUGGUGAAUUACGAAUUCCGUGAUGAUGAUGAAACUGAUGACGAAAAAGAAGAAUUACCACCACCGCCUCCAAUAACCAAUACCGAAGCUGUUGAUGCAUUGGAAAAAGUAAUAAGAUAUCAGGAAAGCCUCGAUGUUGGAAAGGGUUUUAAUGAAAGUGGAUUAAUGAUGUUACAAAAAAAGCUUAAAGAAUGGCGUUACGAAAAAGAACAAAAUAAGAAGCAAGCUUCAAUCUUAUCUUUUUUCAAUAUUAUUGAUUAA